AUGGCAGAGGCACCCAUAGUCCUCGAUGGAGGGACUGGGUUCCUCAAGGUUGGCUAUGCAGCGCAGAACUUCCCUGAGCAUUCAUACCCCUCCAUUGUCGGACGGCCCAUCCUGCGGUCAGAAGAACGAGCCGGGGACAUUGUGGUCAAGGACAUCAUGUGCGGAGACGAAGCAGCAGCAGCUCGGUCAAUGCUACAAAUCACAUAUCCGAUGGAGAACGGCAUUGUCAAGAGAUGGGACGACAUGGAGCAUUUGUGGAACUAUACCUUUGACGAGAAGAUGAAGAUCGAUCCUACCGGCCGGAAGAUCCUGUUGACGGAACCGCCAUUGAACCCUUUGAAAAACCGAGAACAGAUGUGCGAUGUGAUGUUUGAGAAGUACAAUUUUGGGGGCGUCUAUGUGGCUAUACAAGCGGUGCUGGCUCUAUAUGCUCAAGGUCUCAGCAGCGGUGUGGUCGUCGAUUCAGGCGAUGGAGUCACCCAUAUAGUCCCUGUCUACGAAUCCACAGUCCUCAACCACCUUACUCGGCGUCUCGAUGUCGCAGGCCGAGACGUCACGCGCAACCUGAUUGCUCUUCUCCUACGCCGAGGAUACGCCCUGAACAGAACAGCGGAUUUCGAGACAGUACGGCUAAUCAAAGAAAAGCUGUGCUACGUCUCAUACGAUCUAGAGCUGGACCAGAAGCUGAGCGAGGAUACGACGGUUCUGGUAGAGUCAUACACACUGCCCGAUGGACGUGUGAUCAGAGUAGGUAGCGAACGAUUUGAGGCACCAGAGUGCCUGUUCCAACCGCAUCUUGUGGACGUCGAGCAGCCGGGCAUUGCGGAGUUCCUGUUCAAUACGAUACAAGGGGCAGAUGUGGAUAUCAGAACGAGCCUUUACAAGGCUAUCGUGCUCAGUGGUGGUAGCAGCAUGUACCCAGGGCUACCGUCGAGGAUGGAGAAAGAGAUCAAGCAGCUGUGGCUGACAAAGGUGCUGGGUGGGAACCCUGAGAGGCUGAAUAAAUUCAAGGUCAGGAUUGAGGAUCCACCACGGCGGAGACAUAUGGUCUUCCUUGGUGGCGCAGUGCUUGCAAACAUUAUGGCAGACAAAGAGAACAUGUGGAUAACGAAACAAGAGUGGCAGGAGCAAGGGCCAAGAAUAUUAGAGAAGCUUGGCCCAAGGUAG